AUGAGCAAUGAGAUGAAAGAUUUGAAGAAGCAGCAACGACAGGUCCAGAACACAUUCGACGCUGUGCAGCAGUUUAUACGGAAGUUUAAACCAGAGAAGCAUCAGUUGCAAAUCCAAGUUAGACUGGAAAUGUUGGAGUCAGCCAUGAAGAAAUUCUACGCCGUGAGAAGGAAAUUGGAGAUACUUUCGGAAGAAGCGGAUGAGAAAGAAUCAAUCGACACCAAAGAGAGUUCUGAAGAUCGUGUUACAAGGAUGGAAUCGCUUGCUGAGAAGCGAGAAGAAGAAAGUGCCCAACUAUCUCGACAGGCUGAAGAUUCAUGCUGUGAGAUGAAAUCAAUCCUACAGAGUCUACAGUCCGAUUUACAAUCGUCAUCAUCCUCCUCUUCGAAGAUACAACCGUCGGAUCAAUCGUGUGUGCAAUCUCGUGUCAAACUUCCAGAAAUACGACUGCCAAACUUUGGAGGCAAGACACGAGAUUGGGUAACGUUCCGGGAUAUGUUUAGAAGCCUCAUCCAUCGGAACGAACAGCUUACCGAAAUGGAUAAGUUUACGUAUCUUCGGUCAUCCCUCACAGGUGAAGCGCUCCAAGAAGUAAAUUCCAUAGAAAUGUCAGCGGUCAAUUAUACAGUUGCGUGGGAAGUACUGCAAAAUCGGUACGAAAACAAGAAGCUUAUCGUCAAGGCUCAUCUAGACGCACUAUUUGCAGAGGAACCAAUAAAGAGGGAGAAUUACGAAGCAUUGAAUCAUCUGAUCAGUGAAUACGAUCGAAACUUACAAAUGCUGGAAAAGAUUGGUGAAGCUCCAUCUAACUGGAGUACAAUUUUAGUGUAUAUGGUUUGCUCUAGACUCGAUCCUACAACUCUCCGCCACUGGGAAUCGCAUCACAGCUCAAAGGAUGUGCCCAGUUAUGAUGAAUUGACGACUUUCCUUCGAGCACAUUGUUCAGUACUACAAUCCAUAACACCCGCUAAGUAUCAGCAAAUUGAAAUCAAGAAAACGAAAUUAGCCACUAGUCAUACGUUCAUUCAAUCAGCGAAUCGGUGUCCGUUUUGUGGAGAAAGUCCGCACUCAGCAUUUAAGUGUCAAAGGUUUCUGGCUUUGAGAAUACCUGAGCGGUAUGACAAGGUGAAACGAAAUGGGCUAUGCUUGAAUUGUUUCUCUUCCUCACAUCUAGUUCGAGCUUGUACAAGUGGAGUUUGUCGUCAAUGCAGACAAAAACAUCACACCUUACUGCAUAUGGAAUCAACGAAUAGAAAUGUCUCAUCGUCGCAACAAAGUACUUUGGUCGCACGAUCACAAAAUAGAACACCACCAGCGAACAAUCAACAAACACAGUCACUUGCCCAGAACCAGACAACACGUACACCACUUCUUGGACCCAGUACAAAUUCAUUUCCCAUCACAAACACGAAUUCGCUUCUACACAAUCACUCGCCACUCACCACAGAUCCAAUUCCAUUCGAGCACACUAAUGCAUUGUCAGCAACCAUGCUGACUCCUUUGCGCCAAGUUCUACUAUCUACUGCCUUGAUUCGAGUGACAGAUCCACAUGGAAAUACUCACUUAGCGAGGGCAUUAUUGGACUCCUGCUCGGAGUAUUGCUUUAUAACGACAAACCUUUCGCAAAAACUAAGACUGACGGAAGCAGUCAGUCACCUGUCUGUUGCAGGAAUAGGAGGUUCUACUGUACGAUCUACUAAAAUUGUAGAGGCAUUUGUUGGUCCCCGUUCCACCAGCAUUUCGCCAUACACUGAAAGUCUGCAGAUGCAUGUUCUUCCAAAACUCACGUCGAAGCUACCGACCCAAUCGAUUGAUGUGAAUCAACUAUCAUUUCCGAACGACAUCACUCUGGCGGACCCUCAGUUCUUCAAACCUGGUUCCAUCGAUAUUAUAAUAGGCGCAGAACACUAUUAUGAUCUUUUAGACAACGGCAGAAUCAAAUUAUCGGAAAAUGGUCCCAUACUCCAGAAGACCGUUUUCGGUUGGGUUGUCUCAGGUCGCAUGUCAGAGAAAAGCGUGGAUAAUCGCAAAAUGGUGUCUCAUGCUUGUUCGAAUGUCGAACUACGCGAAUUACUGACAAAUUUCUGGGAGUUAGAAUCAUGCAAAAGCACAAGCAUCUUUUCUGUUGAGGAAACCAUGUGCGAGGAGAUUUACGAUUGCACAACCGUUCGUGAUAUUGAUGGAAAAUACAUCGUUACUCUUCCCAAGAAAGAGCACAUAAUCAGGCAGUUGGGAGAUUCACAUGAUAUCGCAUUGAGGAGGUUCCAUGGUCUCGAAAAGCGUUUCGCAGCAGACAAUAAUUUGAAGACUCAAUAUACCGAAUUCAUCGAAGAAUACUUGGCAAUGGGACAUAUGAUAGAAGCGCCUGAAGAAGAUUCCAGUCAGCCUUUGUACCAUUUACCGCAUCAUGCUAUCAUAAAACCCGACAGCACCACGACCAAGCUACGGGUCGUAUUCGACGCUUCCUGUCGCACUUCAACAGGAGUCUCGCUAAACGACGGACUCAUGGUUGGACCAGUUGUGCAGGAGGAUUUACUCUCCAUCGUAUUACGAUUUCGAUUCCGAAGGUUCGCUAUCAUAGCCGAUAUUGCGAAAAUGUAUCGCAUGGUGAAGUUGAAUUCAGCAGAUCAGCCACUCCAGCGCAUUCUCUGCCAAUCUGCCAACGAACCGGUAACCACCUUCCAGCUGACGACAGUCACAUAUGGCACAGCCUCCGCACCAUACCUGGCGACGAAGUGCAUUCAACGGUUGGCGAAUGAUGCAAAACACACACAUCCUGUAGCAGCAGAGGUGGCUCGGAAGGAUUUUUAUGUAGAUGACCUUCUGAGUGGUACAGACAGCAUCAAAACUGGAAAGCAACUUGUCUGCCAACUCAUCGAUAUGUUCAACUCUGCCGGAUUCAGUUUGAGAAAGUGGAGCUCUAACAAUUUGGAGCUUAUCGAUGAUGUUCCUUCAGAACUUCGCGAUAAUCGCUCAACCUUUGAGAUUGAUUCAUCGUCUACUGUGAAAACCCUAGGGCUUAUUUGGGAACCAUCCGUCGAUAAAUUCAAUUACGCCAUACCUCGUUGGAGCUCUGAACCUACAAUCACCAAGAGAGUUGUUUUGGGAGACAUAGCUCGCAUUUUUGACCCACUUGGUCUCAUCGGUCCUGUAGUGGUACAGGCGAAAAUAUUUUUACAAGAGCUGUGGAAACUAAAGGGUGAUUGGGAUGAGCCAUUAUCCGUCAGUCAUCAGGAGUUCUGGUUAACGUACCGCAGAAAUUUAACUGCCCUCGAGUCACUCAAGGUUCCUCGAUGGAUUGGAUUUACCAAUGAUGCGAGCCACGUGGAAGUCCACGGCUUCUGUGACGCAUCAGAAGCAGCGUAUGGUGCGUGUCUAUAUUUACGCUGCACCUCACUUGAUGGAUCAGUUAGCGUUCGUCUCAUCACGGCCAAAUCAAAAGUUGCGCCAAUAGAAGAUAUCAAUCGAAAAAAGAAAAAACAAACCAUCCCACGUUUAGAACUAUCAUCCGCUUUAUUGCUGAGCCAUUUAUACGAGAAGGUUCGCAAAAGUAUACAAAUCCCGUCCCAUGCAUAUUUUUGGACCGAUUCGAUGAUAGUGAAGUGCUGGUUAUCAUCGCUUCCGUCUCGUUGGCAAAUCUUCGUAGCCAAUCGAGUUUCGGAGAUACAGCAUAUCACGAAGGAUGGAUGCUGGAAUCAUGUAGCUGGCGAAAAUAAUCCCGCCGACAUCAUCUCACGCGGAAUGAUUCCCGCUCAAUUACAAUACCAAUCUGUUUGGUUUGAAGGUCCACUUUGGCUGCGCUUCGAUCGAUCCUUGUGGCCGAUAUCUACUGACACCAUGUCAGAAGGAGAUGAAGCUCUCUUGGAGGAAAGGUCUACCACGACUCUCGCUACUCACAAUCAAUCUACGAACGAGUUGAUUCUUCUACGAUCCUCAUUUCCUGAACUAGUCAGAUUAAUAGCAUUGAUUCGCCGAUUCAUCCUGAACGCAAAAACGAAGGAACGUAACAGUAGAUAUAUCGGUUUGCUGACGCAUACAGAGCAUGAAGAUGCCUUGCAAGUUUUAAUCCGCUUAGCUCAACGGGAGAGUUUCCCGACUGAAUUGAGAGAUCUCUCCCACGCUCGGUCGAUUAAUCAAUCAUCGAAAAUCACAUCUUUGAAUCCCAUUCUGGUCGACGGUAUAAUACGCGUAGGCGGGCGGCUGGCAAACGCACCAGUGACCGAAAACAGGAAACACCCCAUGAUUUUACAUCACCAGCAUCCAUUGACUAAACUAAUUAUGGAACAUUACCAUCGUAAGCAUUUCCACGCUGGCCAGCAAUUCUUGAUCGCCUCGGUUCGGGAGCGUUAUUGGCCGACGAAUGUUCGCAGUCUCGCUCGCAAAGUCGUUUUCGAGUGCACAUCAUGUUUCCGUAACAAACCUACGGUUCACCAGCAACUGAUGGCAGAUCUCCCAGCAGAUCGUGUAAGCCCCGCAGCAGCAUUUAUCAAGACAGGGGUAGAUUUUUGUGGUCCCUUCUUUAUACGCUAUCCUGGUCGUCGUAGCACAUCAAUAAAAUGCUACGUGUCAAUCUUCGUCUGCCUGACGACGAAAGCAGUGCACAUGGAGGUGGUUGCUGACCUCACAACCCAGGCAUUCCUCGGAGCCCUUAAGCGGUUCGUUUCUAUACGUGGAAAACCGUCAGUCAUCACCUGCGACAACGCCACCAAUUUUGUUGGAGCCAAUCGAGAGCUGGAACUACUUCGACUGCAGUUGUGCAGUCAACAAUUUCAACAUACUGUUACUCGCGACUGUGAAACUGAAGGGAUCCAGUUUAAAUUUAUCCCACCAAGAUCUCCAAACUUCGGCGGACUGUGGGAGGCCGCCGUAAAAUCGUUCAAAACGCAGUUUCGUAAAACGAUUGGAUCCAGAGUUUUAACAUAUGACGAGAUACACACCGUGGUACAGCAGUUAGCAGCAAUUUUGAACUCUCGUCCUUUAACGCCACUCAGCAACGACCCCAACGACUAUGAGGCCUUAACACCAGGGCAUUUCAUAGCGGGAAGACCUCUUGUGUCAAUUCCCUCACCAGAUUUGCAGGAAAUUCCUGAGAAUCGCUUAUUCUUGUGGCAGAAGUCGCAAAGUUAUGUACAACAGAUUUGGCGGAAAUGGAAAACACACUACCUUUCCGAUUUGCAUAACCGGACAAAAUGGACCCAGAAGCGCGACAAUCUCAUCGUUGGCACCAUGGUUCUGGUUAAGGACGAUAAUCUUCCUCCUCAGAAGUGGUGUCUGGGAAGAAUAGCGGAAACGAUUCCUGGAUCAGACGGGAUAAUCCGUGUAGUGACCGUUCGCACGAAGGAUGGUCUGCUCAAGAGAGGCAUCUCAAAAAUUUGUGUGCUUCCAGUUCGAGACAACUGCUCACCACCAAUAGCAGAAGAGUGUAAACCACUUCCAUCGUAG